GGCCAGGUGUCAUCUCAUCUGCAGUAUAGUAUAUUCUAUUGGGCUUUCAAACAUAAGUUAUCAAGGCCCUUUCCAUUUCCAAGCUGCCGUGCAUACACAGUACGACUCGUGGGGCCCGCGCCGUGCCAACCCAACUCUAGCGACCCCACACCCAAGCCCUCGUCACGGUCGCGGCGUCUACAUGCUCCGGCGCGCCGCCUCCACGAUCAAUGUGCACGCGGCGGCGUGGCUCCGCCGCCUCCCCCGCAGGCCGGCGACGCCUCCGCCUCCGCCCGCGCAGCUGGGGAACCACCACCCGCGGGCCCAGCUCCAGCCCCGCCGCGGGCUCCCGCACCUGCGUCUGGGUGGCGCGCGGGGCUACCGGCGCAUGGCGCGGCGGAUCCCGGCGGCGAGGCCCGACGGGUACUCCACCUCCGAAGGCGAGCUGGAGGAGGAGCCGGACGAGUGGGCGCGCGAGGAGAUCCUGGAGCCGGACGCCGCGGGCGAGGAGGGCGACGACUCGGAUGGCAGCGAGGUGGAGGGGUUCAUGCUGGACUUCGGCGCCCUCCGCGACGAACUCGGCAAGAAGGAAGAGAAGGGCGCGGAUGAUGAGGGAGGGAAGUAGCGGCGAGGCCGGAGCGGGCGGACCCUGCUUCUUCUGGCGGCGCUCGACAGGUGCUCGAGGAAACGCCUGCGAGGCGCCGCCGCGUCUAGCGCUACCUUAGCCCAUCGUCGCUGCUGGAUUCUUGUUUGCUUCAAAUCCUUGUACCAAAGUGGCAUUUCGAUUCCCAAACUCGUGGCAGAAUUUAUCACAGCGAUGUUUCUCUCA